GUGAACUCGAGGGACAGUGUACGUACAUGUACAUCUAAUCAAGUGUAUCAACGCGUAGAAUUGCCUUCGUCAUGUUGACUUUUACUCGAAGCGUCAUUAUUCUGAUUUUCGUGUCUUCAUUCAUAAUCACAUAUUGUCAAGAUGGCGACAAAGCACAUCCAUCGACAGGAAGUACAGCAGACAAACAUUCAGAAGCGACGUCCUCCUCUGACAAGGAUUCAUCGCAAUCAGAAUAUGGUCGUGGUUCUGCCUGUUCGUAUUGCAUCUAUGCUAAAUUCUGUGAUCUGUGUGAAAAAGACUGCCCUUGUGAAACAAGCAAGUCUAAGCCAAACUGCCAUAUGUGUAAGUACUGUCGUUUUUGCUCUCUGACCAGACUAUGUGACACAAUCUGCAGGCCUGGAGGAAUCAUUGACACAGUUUCAUCUUCUUUGUGGAGCGCACUGCCAUCAUGGAACAAAGAUGAUCUUCAACGCGACAUCGAAACAGUGAAAGACUAUUUGUAAUAAAAAUGGUUCUCAGACAAUUAAUUGUCGUGUCCAAUUGGUUCAUAGCAAUCAUGUUGUCAUUUCUACGCAA